AUGGAAUCAAAUUCGCAAUACGCCAGAAAAGACUAUUGGGACGAGCGCUUCAAAACCGAGGAGAAUUUCGAGUGGUUAAGUGGGCUCAAAGAUUUUCAACACAUUCUUCAGCCAAUCAUCCCAUUUGACGCAAAGUAUGUAUUUAGGUUCAAUGGAAAAUUUUUUGAAAAAAAAAGAAGAUUUUGUAUUCAGAAUAGCGCACAUUGGAUGCGGCUCAAGUCAAGUAUCAAUGCAACUUUAUGAAUUAGGCUAUCAUAAUAUCACAAAUAUCGAUUAUUCCGAAGUUUUAAUAUCGAAUUGCAAACAGAAUUAUCCACAUAUGAAAUGGAUAACUGAUGAUAUAACAAGUUUGGAAAAUCUAGAAGAUCAAGAAUUUGAUAUUGUUUUCGAGAAAGCCACAAUCGAGGCGAUUUUAGUGAAUGAAAAAAGUGCAUGGGAACCGUCAGAUUCAGCACUUCGAAGUCUUGAGAGCAUUUUCAGCUCAAUUUGUAGGAUAUUAAAGCCAGGAGGUUAUUUAGUUUCAUUAGAAUUUUCUAAUUCUUCCACUUUAAUUUUCAGGUCUAUUCAUCUCAGUUUCUUUCACUCAACCACAUUUUCGAAUUCCCGCUUUGCUUCGAGAAAAAAAUUGGAGAAUUUCAAAAAUGUUUGAAUUCGGCGAACAUUUUCAUUAUUUUGUCUAUGUUUGUCAGAGAAAAAAUGUUGAAAAAGCAAAAGAAGAAGAAGAAUCGGAGUUAGCUGAAAAAUAUCGACAUAUUGCUAAAUCUUGGCUCAGAGAUCUAUAG